AUGGGGUCGGUGCCGUCAACGCCGCGCAAGAGUGGCGCAUGGUCGCCGGAAACGGCGGAGUAUCUGAUCGAAACUUUCGUCGACAACCAGCCCUUUCCUGUUUCGUCAGAGUUCUGGCAGAAAUUGCUGGAGCUUCCUCUCAAUGUCCAAUGGUCCGCUCAACGUGUUCAACAAGCUUGUGAGCUGUUAGCCAAAAACAAUUGUCACACCAGACAUCUUGCUAAGAUUUUGUUUCAUCUAGCUUGCUGCUUGCAAGAGUCCGUGUCUUCUUCUGGUGUAUCGCCCUUGGUCUAUGAAAAGGCUGUUAAUGCAGUGUACUUCAGUUCAACAUUUUUAAAGUACUUGAUCGAAAGUGCCCAAGGGGAUAUCCAAUUAUACCUGUCUCUUGAAGAUGACGAGACUGUACCGAACGAUGUUUUGAGAGAUCAAACCAUUGAAAAUUUUGUUAUGCGGAAUGUGCUGAACUUUAUAGCAUCAAUUGAAGUGAGUCCAGACACAUAUCUCCUACACCUAGAGCUGCUUAAUUUCAUGAUUAUUGCAAUGUCAACUCAGCUUCUCUGUGGGUCAUCUCCUGGACCAAAUGACGUGAACCCCUUUCUUGAUGCAGCAAUGGAUCAGGACAGCUCUCUGGUUGGUUCAGUUGUUCACAGAUUGCUUCUAAACUUCAUGGUCCGUUCUAAUGUUCCAUUUAAUAGGGCAACUUAUUCCAUCUUGUCUGAUGGAAGUCAGAGUAGUGUUCUACAGAGAGUUGGUUCUGCAGCUGCAAAUAUUGUUUUAUUUCCAUUUAGUUAUCUGGUCAGUUCGAGUGUUGAAGGAUCAAAAAGUCCUAUUUCAGAUAUUAGUAUUCAUGUGCUGCUUGUUCUCGUUCAUUAUCAUAAAUGUGUCGUGAGUGAGGACCACGCGAACAACAAAUCUUCCACAUCAGAUUCUUUACUCAAAGAAAAUUCCCAAUUUUCUGACAAUCCUUACUGCAAGGCAUUGGAACAUGCAAUUGAUUGUGAAUUAGAUCGUGUAGAUAUUGAGGGCAAUGCGCAUAGUGCUCGACACAUAAAGCUUCCAUUUGCUUCGUUGUUUGAUACACUUGGGAUAUGCUUAGCUGAUGAGGCAGCUGUCCUACUGCUUUACUCAUUGUUGCAAGGGAAUUCUGCCUUUCUGGAGUAUGUAUUGGUGCGGACAGAUCUGGAUACAUUGUUAAUGCCAAUUCUGGAAGCUCUAUACAAUGCUUCAACAAGGACGGCUAAUCAAAUUUACAUGUUGCUAAUUAUUCUUCUCAUACUCAGUCAAGAUUCUUCUUUUAAUGCAAGCAUUCAUAAGCUGAUAUUGACUGCUGUCCCAUGGUACAAAGAACGCCUUCUCCAUCAGACAUCUCUUGGUUCCCUCAUGGUCAUAAUUCUUAUCAGAACUGUACAGUAUAAUUUGUCAAAAUUACGGGAUGUCUAUCUCCAAACAACAUGUCUGGCAACCUUGGCGAACAUGGCACCUCAUGUUCAUCGAGUGAGUGCAUAUGCAUCUCAGAGACUAGUCAGCCUUUUUGACAUGCUUUCACGCAAGUAUAACAAAUUAGCUGAACGCAGAGAUAAUAAACUCCAUAGUGCAAAAGGCAACUCAGUUGAAGGAAACAACCUUGUAGAAGAUAUGUCAACUGAAUUGCACAUUUACACUGACUUCUUGAGGCUUGUACUAGAAAUAAUAAAUGCAAUCCUGACUUAUGCACUUCCUCGGAAUCCUGAGGUAGUAUAUGCAAUAAUGCACAGGCAGGAAGUCUUUCAGCCAUUCAAGAAUCAUCCACGCUUCAAUGAACUGAUUGAUAACAUCUAUACUGUAUUAGAUUUUUUCAAUAGUCAUAUGGAUGCUCAACGAGAGGACGGUGACUGGUCAGUCAAUGAAGUGCUCCAAGUCAUAAUUGUCAAUUGUCGUUCUUGGAGGGGCGACGGAAUGAAGAUGUUUACUCAACUGCGCUUCACAUAUGAACAAGAGAGUCAUCCAGAGGAAUUUUUUAUCCCAUAUGUCUGGCAGCUAGUGUUAUCCCAUUGUGGAUUCUCCUUCAAUACAGGAGCCAUAAAUUUGUUUCCAGUUGAUCUACAAACAGAAGGACUUGAAAAUGGGGUGGAAGGAAGCACACUCCAAAAUGGUGAUUUUGACAAGCCUGAAUAUCAGCUCGAUCCAUAA